AUGAGGAGAGAUUACCCACGCUUGUUCUUGCUUGCUACUGUUCUUGUAGCUAUUUUGAGUAUUACAAACCCGGUUUUUGGCCGAACAACUAAGUUUGACAAGUCUGAUGGGUCAACUACUGUCAGCAGUGAUAAACUAGCUCAUCUUCACCACCACCACCACCACCUUGGAUUUCCAUUCCCGUUUCCAUUUCCGUUUCCGUUUCCGUUUCCAUUUCCAUUUCCAGGAGGGGUACUCGGAUUCCCUGGAAUAGGUUGGCUUGGAGGGCUUGGUGGCAUUCUUGGUCCUUUUCUUGGUGGUCCUGGUGGCUUUCCUGGCCCUUUUCUUGGUGGUCCUGGUGGCUUUCCCGGCGGCUUCUUUGGUGGUCGUGGUGGGUUUCCUGGCCGCUUUUUUGGUGGUCGUGGUGGCUUUGUCAGCAGUCCUAGUGGGAUUUCCGGUGUUGCACAAAGUUAUGCUGGUAAACCCCAUUCGCACAGAAAAGAAGAGUCAAAAAGUCCAUGA